AUGGCGUCCGAUUCUCCCGAACUGGACGGUGGAAUACCGAUUUCGUAUAUUUUUGUUAGAGUGUUAGGAAGCGGUGCAUUUGGUGAAGCUGUAUUAUAUCAGAAAACCGAGGAUAACAGCCUGGUUGUUUGGAAAGAGGUGAAUUUAGGAAGGCUGAAUGAGAAACAGCGCAGAGACUCCCAAAACGAAAUUGACAUCCUAUCUUUUGUGAAUCAUGCAAACAUUAUCAGUUACUAUAAUCACUUUGUUGAUGAGGACACUCUAUUCAUUGAAAUGGAGUAUGCCAAUGGUGGAACACUCUAUGACAAAGUGUCCAGUUGCACCAAACUAUGGCCAGAAAAGGAUGUACUGUGGUAUUUGUAUCAGAUGACAUCAGCAUUAGCCUACAUUCAUCAGUGUGGCGUUAUUCACAGGGACAUCAAGACUCUGAACAUUUUUCUGACCAAAGUGGGUCUGGUCAAACUUGGCGACUUUGGCAUUUCGAGGUUCUUAGAGUCUAAGAAUCAAAUGGCUGAAACUCUUGUUGGCACACCCUACUACAUGUCUCCAGAAAUAAUGAAGGGUGAAAAGUAUAAUUUCCAGAGUGACAUAUGGGCUCUAGGAUGUGUUUUAUAUGAAAUGCUGACCCUAUCAAGGACUUUCCAAGCAACGAAUCCUCUGAAGUUAGCAUUGGAUAUAGUCAAAUCUGACCACACAGGCAUCAACAAGUGUUACAGUGAUGGAAUGCGGAAUCUGGUCGAUAUCAUGCUUAGAAAGAAACCAGAAGAAAGACCAACAGCUGAGGAGCUCCUAGCUCGGCCUCUGUUGGCCAGUUCUCUCUUAAAGAUGGAACAAAAAGUUUAUGAGCUGAACUCAACAACCAGGAGGACACGCCUCUCUGCAGCGUCCACCUCAAACUCCGUCUCUGUGGUCACCUCUAAGAUGUGUGAGAUUUACCAGUGGGGAGGGGGAAAAAUGACUCCUCAAAAGCUUGAGAUGUUCACCAGAGAGAAAAGUCCGAUGCAGGUUGCUGCAGGUCAUUGUCAUUUUGCUGCCAUUACGUUUGAGAAGGAACUCUACACUUGGGCUAACCCCCAGGGAGGAGUAGGCAUGGUAGGACAACUUGGGCAUGGGGACACAGCUUCGUACAAAGCUCCAAAACGUGUUGAUGCUUUGCUGAGCAUGCCAGUUCAUCAGGUUGCUUGUGGUGAAGACUUUACUCUGUGUGUCUCAGAUGAUGGAGCUCUUUAUGCUUUUGGCUCCGACUACUACGGCUGUUUGGGUUGUGAGGGGGAAGAUGAGGAAGUCUUGGUCCCAGUUGUUGUGGACUUCUUCUCGGACCACCCGGUGCUGGAGGUGGCGUGUGGAGACAACCAUGUGAUUGCCCUCACUCACUACCGAGAUGUCUACACUUGGGGCUCGGGAGAGUUUGGCAGACUUGGAUUAGGUUCAGAGGAUGAUUUCAACACACCUCAAAAGGUGGAUAUCCCGGUGAAGCAGCAGAUAAAGAGCGUAUGUGCAGGAAGUGACAGCUCAUUCCUGCUCUGCUCCAGUGGACGUCUGCUGGCCUGUGGCAGUAACCAGUUCAACAAGCUCGGGUUUAAUAGCCAGACGUCAGGACUUCGAAAGAGAAAGGCUAAGACAUUUGACAUCCCUCACAGAGACAGAUUCAGCACUGUGAAGCCUCUCACGGGCAAGAAUGUGAUGGUAGUGGCAGCGGGGAAAACCCACUCAGGGGUCAUUGACUCAUUUGGCCAUCUGUACAUGUUUGGCUCCAACAAGUUUGGUCAGCUGGGUGUGGGAGACUUCAAGGCUCGUCCUGGGGUGUGUCGUGUGGGAGGGGUCCUGGCUGGCCAGCGCGUGGAGACACUGGCUUGUGGGGAUGGGUUUACUGUCGCUUCCACAAAUGAAAACCAGAUUUACUCUUGGGGAAAUGGUGAAAGUGGCCGGCUUGGUGCAAACUUCACAGAUCAAGGAAUUGGCCCCAAUAGCAUGUGUACAGCAUUUCCCAGACCCAUUUUUGGGUCCAUGCACCUGGUCUCAUGUAUGUCUUGCAGGCACUGGAACACUCUCAUUAUUGCAGAAAAAGUUUUAAAUCAAAAGACUCUCAAAUCAAGGGUAUCAUCCCCAAAGCAAAUUUGGCCACCUUCAGAAAAAAAAGUGGCCCUUCAGACCGUGGCUGGUUCCAUUGACUCUGGGCCAGAUGAUGAACCUCAUGCUCCAGAAGAUGCUGUAAGUUCCGAUACAUCUAGUGACUUUGCCCUCCCCGAGGACAUUGCUGCUGUCGAUGCGAAGAGGGAGUUCUCCCCAGAUGUGUUCACACCUCCACGAUCUAGGCCAAGCUCUGCCAGCACAGGGAGAGGAAGCCCCAUACCUUCUUGGCUGGAAAAGGAACUCAAUGAGGCAGAGGUCAUCCCAUUCCCAACACCUUCCCCCAUUGUGUGGGAUAAGAAUGCACAUCCUCUGGGACCCAAAGGAGAAAAGCCGUCCCCCCUGCCUCAUGUUCCUGAGCUUUCUGUGGCUAAUGCUCUACCCCCCAUCAAAUCACCCGAUCUUAAACUACUCAUUCCUUCUAAUGACGCUGAGACUGUGGCAUUUCUUACAUCCAGAGUGGCCAAGCUCGAGGAGGAAAACUUGAAGCUGAAGCAAACUGUUGAAGAACAGGCAGAGCUGAUUAAAAAACUGAGAGGAGAUGGUGUUUAAUUAAAGUUUUAAGCUGCUGGUUGAAGACGCUCUUCUUUGUAAUGAAUUGGCGAAUGACUUCAGAAAAUAAAUUAUGUUGUCAUGUUGGUAACAGGUAAAUACACCUACUGUAGUGACUGUGGACAGCAGUGAUAACAGAUUCUUGUGCUGUGUAAAAGAGAAAAGUUUUAGGGGGACGAAAGUGUUGCCAAAUAAGACAUACUUGGCCUUAUACAAAACGAUUUGAAAAGUGAACUCAAACAAUGUUCUACUCUGGAAUUCUUAAUUGCUAGAAAUGGUGUUCUUUUGAAAUUCUUUCUCAAAGAUAUUGAAUAAGUUUUGUUCAAAAGGGGCAGGAGUUUGGAAACAAAAAUUCUACUUUCUUAUGUUUACUUUGCAAUAAUUAUGCUGUUUGUGUUACUUAAAGAGAAGUUUUUAAUUAUGUCUUUUUCUGUAAGUUGCUGUGAAGCUGUUCUUUGAUAUAUAUGGAAAACUAAUUGAAAAACUGAUGUAUUUGUUCUAUGAGCAUUUGAUUUAGUUUUUUUGUUUUUAAUGAAUCUUCAUAGUCAUUCCAUUUGUGUUCAUUAUUUUGAUUUGAUCUAUUCUGUCUUUAUUUAUAACUCCAUCAAGAUCUGAAUCACUUAUUUAUUUCUUUAUAAACUCUUAAUUUACAUGAAAUACAGUCAAACCUGCUUCAGUAGCCACCUCUUGUAGCGGUUACCUGCAAUAACAGCCACUGAUACCCUUGUGUUGUUAUAUAUUUUUAACAUGUCCAUAGUAGUCCCUGUCGAGUGCGGCCACAGUGAGUCAUUUUCUUGACAAGUUUGCCUCUAAACCUAUUCAUAGCGCAUACUUCAUCAUCAUCAUCAUCAUCAUCAUUCUCAUCAUCAUCAUCAUCAUCAUCAUCAUCAUCAUCAUCAUCAUCAUCAUCCUCAUCAUCAUCAUCAUCAUGUUUUACAGUAGAAAAAAUGUACUUGAGGCUUGGAUAAGGUUGGUCACAUUUAAUCAGAUGUUCUUAUAGAUGUACAAUAUUUCGCCAUCAUCAUUUUCAUCAUCUUCAUCAUCUUCAUCAUCAUCAUCAUCAUCAUCAUCAUCAUCAUCAUCAUCAUCAUCCACCUCUUUCACCUUGGUAUUGGAUAUAGCCUACUAUGAAGGGCUCUCCACUUGUUUCUACUCUAGGCGAACUUUACCACCUCCAGUCAGCUGUGUCUCACACCUGAGAUCUACCUCUAGGUCUCACUCUCAAGUGAAUCUCAGCCAAUCUCUCUUUCUCCUGUGGGAUUCAAUAUUUGGCUUUGUUUUGUCACUUAGUGGAGUAGCUUCCCAAGUGUAUUAAUAAUCCAUCACCAUCUUCAUUUUAUUAAUUUCACGGUCAAUUGGUUGUCAAUACGACCGUACUACAUGUAUUACAUUUAAAGCAAUGACUUGCUACUAAAGAACAGUAUUCCAUUAACCUAUCUUCAGACUGAGCAUUCAGUCAAUGCAAAGAAGAAGGUCUUAUGAUAGAUUACAAUUUUGAUGGAAAUGAAACGGCAAGAUAUAAUAUUAAGAUUUAAUCUAUAUGCGGAAUCAGGCACUCGUAAAUUUUUUAGCAUAUAGAGUUAUUGAUUUAAUCUUAAAGCUUGUUUAUAAUUUGUCUGGCAUUUGGCAAAAAAAUUACUGUCAAGAUAUAUGCGACUGAAGGAGAUGGGGGUCUGCAGAUACGAGAGGUAAAAUUCUCGAGAAAUGGCCACCAAAGUUUGAUGACUUCCAAAACUUGAAUGUCCUUGGAAACUGAAAAGUUAUAU